AUGGCCCUGCUGCCACAAAGUGCUGAGGUAGCCUUCUUGCGUGGGUUGCACACCAGUAGAGGGAAUGAGGCAAGGAUUCAACAACGAGGUCGUUGCAGUCGGCUCACGCUGCUAAGAUCAAAUGUUAGUGCAGAUUGCGUGGACAAGUACAUAGCCACGAUCUCCCGCUCUCCGGCUGCAGUGUAUAGGGAAAUUAUGUGGAGGCAUACCAUCAAUAGAGAAGCUUCGGCGCACUGCGAAGUUCCAGCUCCGAGGGAUCCAAAACGAUAUUUUCUUGCCAGAGCCACCGGACGGCCGAAAGAGCUACGGCAAAUCAGCUGGAUGGGUCAUAAAAGUACCUUACUCACUUAUCCGAGCGCAAACCCUAUCGUCACCUCCUUAGCCUUUCAUGACUUCGCCCGGCUGAUUAUGCGCGAGCACCUCUUGCUCCGAAGACGCGAUCUCACCUUCAUCGAGAGAAGACAGGUCGCUCUUUUGAUUCUCACAGGUCGGAAAGUACCAACCGCACUUCUGUCCGACACCUCGUGCAACGUACAUCACCUUCUCAAGAGGUUUGCCUAUCUUCCAAGACCUGUAGUCGAGUUCAUGCUGAAUCAAGACCUUCUAAAUCAGCUGUCUCGGGCUGCAUCCUCACGAACAUGCGCUUCAUCUGGCUCGGUCUCCAAUCGGGGAAAGCAACGCCGCGGUCGCUGGGUGGAUGUAGACUUCGCCGUGCUGAAUUCUUCUACUCACUCCCUCGACAUUCUGACAGGCAUCCUGUAUGGCAUGGAUGUAUUAUUAAAGGUAACGUUCAUUGCGAUCUUAGCUCUUUCGUCGCUGGCUGGUAUCGGCUCUUCCAAAAGACCUGACGAGCUUCCCCCUUUGCAACCAAGCGAGACCUCCAUCGAUUGGCCUACUCGGAUCAAGGACUGGAGGCAAGCUCAGCAAAUAAUACCGCUUUGCCUUGUCGAUAACUGGAUCGCGAGCGAAGAGGGAGCAAUCGUCAGGAUUCACGAGCAGAGCAAGUCAAUUUCGCCGAUGAUGAGCAGGUUUCUUGAUUCAUACCUAGGGUGUAAGGCCUGGCAAGAGGAUCUACUUGUACCUCACAAUUCGGAGAUGCUCCAGUACCGAGAAAGAAAUCGUAUCUCAAGUCCGACGGCGUGUGUGGCCUGUGGAAAGGUAAUCCCAGGGAGCACAAAAUCUUCAUCUUGGGAUGCUAACGUACGUACCUCUGAUGAAGUUGCGCCUGCUCUUGCUAGAAGGUGGGAGAAUAACGGGUUGAAUCGCUUCGAAUUCUCGACUGCUAUGCUAAUCAUCCAAAAAGCCUCGAUGACCAUCUGCUGGCGGGAAGAUUUCGAAUCAUUUGGACCUCAGGACGUGCUUUGCAGGGACGAUGAGGGCCUCAGCUGUGUGUGGUGCUUCGACAACGACUCUAGACAGUUUAUGGAAUUGGGUCGUGUUUAUGAGGCGCAAGGCUCAUGCAGACUGGAAGAUGAAAUCGAAGAGGCCGAAGGGCACAGCGGAGGCGGUGUGCUGACAUUUAAGCGCGUAUUUGAGUCUCACGCUCUGUAUCCUCUUCGUGUUGAUCGCCGUAACGAAGCAGCACCCCAGCACGAUGCAUUUCGGCAUCAAGAAUACGUCUCUUCUCCGCGCCUUCACCGCGUCCUCGCUGUCCGUCUGCCCAACCGCAGCCUCAUCCGCAAAUGCUCGUCUCUUCUCCGCCCUGUCCACCGCGUCCUCGAAGUCCGCCUGCCCAACCGCAGCCUUAUCCGUGAACGAUCGUCUCUUCUUCUCGAUGCUUUCGGGCACCGUUUGCCGAUUGAUAUAAUCGCUCGUCGCGCGUGUCUGGGAGCCGAGAGCAAAUCUUGUGUGACCCUUCAGAGCUGCGAUGAGGAGUGGAAGAUGUCGGUGGCUACAGAGUUUUCUGUCAAGCCGUAUUUGCAUCGAGCAGCGCUUUGUCGCCUCGAACAGAAUGAAGUUCAGAGGAGAAUGUGCAUGAAUGAUCUGGCGUCGGAUCAACGGAUGCGGCUAGCCGUAGAUCCCAGAUCUUUUGUGUUUGAGGACGGAGCUCCAUAUAUACCAGAUUGUCAAUGGAGGUUUGGCUUUACUUUACAUCGCAAGUAUGCCUAUUGCAUUUAG